UUUUUGAGUCUCAUUACUCUCAUUAUAUGGGUAUUCAAGCAGUAAUAUUUAUUAAACUACCUCUUAAGGAUGUUUUAUUGCCGAAAUAGCUUGAAAAUUGCGUUUCUAAGUAAUUUUCUUUGAAAAAUAAUAAGCAAUAAUUAGUCUGUGACAGAUGUCAUUGUAUUUGUCAUUGCAUAGAAUUCUUAUCUGCAAAAGCAAAAUAAUACGUAUUUUGUAUCAAAUACAAACAAUAUACGCUGCAAAUUCAUUAAGAAACCUUCUUAUUUCAGUAUGAAGCAAAGGGACCAAUUUAAUAGCUUCGUGAUUCACAAAAGAAAUUGUAUUCAUUGUUAGGUGGUAAAAUGAACACAGUAUGUCUUAUUUGAGUGCUUCAGAAAAUGUGGGUUUCAGUGGUAUUACCCAAAAUAUAUCCGAUGGCAGUUGUGCAACUCAAUACAAGAUGGCAGUUGACAGUGUGUCAGGCUGCGGCGGUGAGGUCAUGUACAUUCACGACUCUGACAAUGAACAGUCGUACAUACCUCACAUCACGGACAACUACUUCCAUACCAAAUUUAAGAUAGAUCCCAACGAGUUAUACACAUUUCACGACUCUGAUGUUAUUGCCGGAGAGAUAACUGUCAGUCAUACUGAAGAUAAUUAUAUCUAUCCUGAUAAUAAUGAUGUUAAAACAAAAACUAUAGACAGUCCAAAACAAACAGAACCAAUAAGUUCUCCUCAUUUGACUAAUGGAAUUGUCAAAUCUGAGAAAGAAGUUCUAAAUGGGCACUGUAAACCAACUUUGAAAAAGGUUACUUCAAAUCAUAGUGAACCGAAAACAGUAAAUGCCAAAGUUUCAAAAGCAAAAACUAAUAGUAAUAGUUUAUCAAAAGUAACCGAAGUGCGCCGUUUAAGCAUUCCGAGCCCUCAAAAUCAAAAUUUACAGAACUCGAGUAAUUCUAGUUCAUCAACUAAUAUUCAACCAACCAAUGUAAGCACUACUAAUUCUACAAAUGAAAAAGGGGCAGGAAAAAAAAGUAGUUCGGAAACAUUUUUGGAUGUCUUCAAGAGAGAACAAGGGCUUACUGUGAAUGCUUUGACGAUCAAAACUGAACCCAGCAAUUCUAGUUCACUUAUUACACUCAAACCUCCAGCGCCUUCUAAAAAGCCUGCAGCAGUGAAAACAUCUAACCCAAGGCCACGCAAAGGCCGAGGGCCAACUGUUCAUGAGGCAUUACAACGGAUACCGCCUCAAUCACGAGCACUAGCGCUACCAAACCUGAGAUGGCAUGCACCAGGGGAAGAGAUGUUCCAAUGCGGGCCUCUGGACGGAAAGACACCCAACACCUUCCGCCAACUUGACAGUAGCAGUAGCGAUGACGAUAAUAUACCGGAAAUUGACUUAGGUGUUGGUCCAGUUUGCGUAGAGGAAAGUGCGGCGGAGACCCGCGGGGCGAGGCUAGCGCUGCGUAGAGCGGCCCUGAGGCGAAACGUGGCCAGGGCUGCCACCUCGCUACAACUCGCCAAAGACCAUAAAGAACAUCGAACACUGGCCUCUCUUAUCAAGAAACAGCUGAGUCAAAGUUCGUUGUGUCGUAUCCCGCCUCAGACUAUGAAUCACUUGCUUGCUAUGAGAGGAAUGUCUUCUGUAUUGACUUUGCAAGAAAGGAGAAGAUUAAGACAAAGCGGUUGGUCGGGCGGAGAGAGUGUCCGCCCAGAAGCGGCUACGUGUGCUGAAGAGCGCUGCACGCAAACCCCGCUGCCGUGCAGUCGAUACUGUCUGUCGCACGUGACGCUAGCGCCAGAACAGAGGCUAUACGCGGCCUGUGCUGCAGUGUUCGCGGGCGGCGAGCGCUGCAAGCAGCCGCUGUUGCCGCUGCAGGAACAAACUCCACUGUGUGCUGAACACGCGUGGAAGCGGGAUAACUACGAGAUGUUGAGUCGGGAGAGUAAGCCGGCGAAGGUGGUGCGCAAACGCGCGUGGGUGCCGAGCGCGCGCGCGCCGCGCCCGCCGCGUACUCCUCGGCGCGCUAAGCGGCGCCGCAGGCUCGUGCCCAAGCGACCGCCCAACCACUCGCAGUCGUUGUCCGAAAUCAACGUAUGUUCGAACUCGUCAGCGUACGACAGUUCAGAAGACACUGCAAUGGGCGGUCUGAGUGAGAGCGAGUACAUGACUGCGACUAACUCACACGGGCUAGAAGUGGGCCAAGUUCCGCCGGACGACAUUCUGGACCCGUCAGUACUGAACCAGAUACCAGAUGAAGCUUUUACAGAGUUUUUUAACCAAGCGGAGAGUGGUACAACGUUUGGCGAAGGUCUGGAACUGGCCGCGGCGUUGGAAGCCGUGUUGGACGAGCGAGCUUUGGACAUGGUGGACGUGUUUCCACAGUCACACGUCCAAGUUAAGACCAAGAUGCAGGUACCGGCCGCGGUCACUAUGGAGAUAUCCUCGAGCGCGCCUUCAUAACAUAAUAACUCACGUCUUAUGCUAAGCUAAAAUAAACCUUAUGUACUAUAUACUUAGGAACAAAUUCGUUAAUCGUAGUCUCAAGUUUCUUCAUGCUUUAAGUUCUCGUGUGUAUGUCUAGUGGAUAGUAGGAUUUUGGUGAGAGAAGUUUUAAAAGUCAAGUGUUUUAGUAUGAAAUUGUGAGAUAAGGGAGCCCCGAUAAAUUAUUUUGGAAAAUAAUGUCGAUUUUAUUUUAUUUAUAUGAAAAAUCCAUGAAUCAAAGUGUAGAUUUUUAGAUUAAUUUUUAAAGGUAAAUUAAUUGGCAUUUAAAUUAAUGUUAGUUUUGUAAUAAGUAAAGUAGUUACGUCAGUAUUAAUAAUAAUUAUUGAUUUUUUUAAUACAAUACUGAGCACGCGUCACUUUGCAGCCUUGCAUAAGAAUAUCCCUAUCCGUGGAAAGAGGCUAGUAUAGCGCUCUCUCUGUUACGCAAUCCCAUACAAAUGAUAGAGACAAAAAUCUCUAAGCUAACCCUUUUGAGUCACCAACCAAUUUUGAGUCACCAACCAAUGACAAACUAAAUUAUGGUGUUCAUAAGUGAAUUUCAAAUGUUUAGUGUGUGUAUUUUGUAUAUUGUGUCUUUCCAGGC